AUGGAUACGUAUGUCAAAAAUCUGCUCAACGGUUGGAACAUGCCGGAACUGAUAAAAGUGUUUCAAGAGGAGGAAAUCGAUGAAGCUGCCUUCAAGUGCCUCAAGUACGAUAUGAUCAAGGAGAUAAUACCACGCAUUGGUAAGCGGGCCAAGUUCCUGCAGCGGUACGAGGAGUACAAGGAGAACCUAACGGAACGGCCCGCCUUUGCGGAGUUGCAGUUGGAUGACAAGGAACGUUUCCCGCCAGCAUCGCCACAGAAACCAUCGCGCAUAGAUUGGGGUCGAAUAGAGAAGGUGUGUGGCCCGGUACCGAUAUAUCUAAAGAAUCUACUGAAGAUGUGUGGUUACGAGGCGGAAAGCAGUCUUCGAAAUUUGAACGAUGACGACUUUAUCGAUAUGGAACGGUUUGCACGGGAAGAACUGAUCCAUCUCGUACCGGCAACGCAGUUCUAUUUUCACAUCUUCUGCAGUGACCCGGCCCGUGAAUUUCGACUUGUGCCGGGUCAUCGUAAGCUGCUGCUGCAGAUAAGCGCUUACCUGAACUACACCAAGGUGGCAAGUGAAAUACAGCGCCCCGAACCAGCUAUCCGGCUACCUACCGAACUUACCAUUCAGAGGGAACGCGAACAUCGACUACUGCUCGCUCAGCAACAACAGCAACAGCAGCAGCAACAAAAAGAGCACCACCAGCAGCAACAGAAGGAGCAACAGCAGGCUAAAGAGCAGCAACAACUCCUGCAGCAACAACAGCAACUAUUGCAAGAGGUUGUCCGAAUGCACCAGCAACCGCUCUCCGACAUGCAAGAAGUGAUGCUGUCCGAGUUGAAAAUGUCGCACAAAAACUCUCCACUCGCAUUCGAGCAGGCGACGGUGUUCCCUCCGCUAAGCGACGAGGAGCGCAUCAAGAAGAUCCAGGGCUGCAUCGUGAAGCUGAUCGACAUGUGGAGCGAGAAGCAACCCAUCAAGCUACAGAUCACGGAGGAAAUGAUCAACGUGACAUACGAGAGCAAUGGCUACAACGCAUUCAUUAAGUGUCCGAUGUGUGCGGUGCAGAUAAAGGUGUCGAAACUGCCGACGAAGAAGGGCGAUCGAUUUGUGAUCUCCAACUUCUCGAAGCACAUCAUCAAGAUGCAUUUUUCUCAGCUUAGCGAGGGCGGUGGCGGAGGAGGUGUAACUGGCACUGGUGGUGGUGGAGGUGUUGGUGGACACACGGGUUCGGUCGGUACGGAGCGACACCUAAGCAUGGACAAUGUGUCGUCGUACUAUGGUGGAGAGAACUCCGAUAGCAACACCUACCCGUACGAUGACUACGGAUCGGGCAAACGGCAGAAGCUAGAAGAUGACGAGGACGACAUGGAUCCAAUGCCACCACAUUUGUUGCAUCCGUAUGUGAGCAUUAAGGAUGAAAUUAUCGAUCUGGAUGCGUAG